UCCUUUAAAUGAAAGCCAGCUGUCUGGGCCUCCGUUUUACUCUUGAGCAAUACCUGCCAUUGAGGAUCGCUCCCCAGGAGGCAGCAGCCUGUCAACAUGGCUCAGGAGUUCGUGAAUGGCAAAAUCCAUCCUGGGAAGGUGGUGGUGUUCAUCAAGCCCACCUGCCCUUACUGCAGACGGACCCAAGAGCUCCUCCAUAAAUAUCCUUUCAAACAAGGGACUUUGGAAUUUGUUGAUAUCACAGCCACCGGUGACACAGAUGAGAUUCAAAAUUAUUUGCAAGCGCUCACAGGAGCCAGAACGGUACCUCGGGUCUUUAUCGGUAAAGAGUGUAUAGGUGGAUUCACUGAUCUAGAAAAGAUGCAUCAGAGUGGGGAACUUCUGACACAGCUAAAGCAAAUUGGAGUUCUACAGUAAUUAUAGAGCAGACCCCAGGCUGAUCUCAGCUGGAUGUCAUUGCAAAUGAUGGCAGCACUUUCUGGUGGAUGGAUCGCGGGCUACCUUUAUCCAGCUACAGCAACUGAAAUUCUGAAAUAUGUAAACCAAAAAAAUGGGAGGGGACGAUUGGGGGCAAAACCAUGCUUUUCUUUUCUUGACUCAAUAUUAAGUGGACCCACUUGGCCCAAACCACAGGUCUGAGAAGGUUGAUGGACGUCUUGGGUUUCUUCUGGAUUGGCCCCUGGGUUCCAAAAGACCAUGAGAAUUAUGGCUUAGGAUUCACUCACUGACCCAAAAAGUUCUUUCUCUUUGGCACGUGGUCCUCACUGUUCUUCAUGUGCUAGGACUUCUCUACCUCUAAGACAGUAUUUCUCAGCCAAUUUCAUCCCAGCCCCCCUAGGAGGAAUUUAGAGUUGGUUUUCUGCUACUGCCUGUAAAUUAUUCUAUUCAGUUUGACUUUACAGUUUGUAGUAUGAAAUCACUAGGUAUUUUGAAUGUGCUUUUCCAAACUACAUGUGUCUCCCAUCACCAUCCCACCCCCAUCCUAUCUGGGGGUGAGAAGCAACGCUCUGAACGAGUGUUCUUAACCUUGACAACUCACAGAUCUCAUAGGCAUUGUUCUACAAUUCUGUGAAGGGUCUGAGAACCCAAGUUGAGAAGCGCCACAUAAACAGUUCAACACAAUGGGUCUUCACUUGGUGCUCUAGGGAUCAGAGGUCCAAGCGCAGAUGCUGUGACCGCGUGUUAACACUGUGUGAUAUAUGAUGAUCAUCCAGGAAUGAACAAGGGUGUAUUUGUUUGUUUAGAUCAAUAAUGAGAGUCAAACAUAAAAUUUUAAACAUUUUAUAGACAACUUGCAACACUCCCCCCCAAGAAUAUGUCUGUGAAAGUAACCAAAUUUGAGAAACACUGUCCUGAAUUAUUUUCUCUCCUCCCCCGCCACUCUAUGAAAACUGAAGGAAUCCCUCAUUGUGAAGUAUGUUCUAGAAUUGCAAGAUAAAGUUAAUUUUCCUUUUGCAGUCUCUAGUGUGAAAGGUUAAUUUCUUUUCUAAUAAAGAAGUACUCAUAGAUGACACAGUGAUAUUUGUCCAAUUCUUUUCUUUGUUUUCAAGACCUUAAGGAAUGCUAUUACUGUGAGAUACACUGAUUUGAAGCUUUAUUCAUGUUUGUCCCUGCCAUUAUAAAUAAAGGCACAUGCUAUUGUCCUUCACUGAG